GCGGCUGCAGCAGCUGAUCCGGACCGACACGACCAUGGAGACGCUCUGGUUCCCGAACCUGUGGUUCUCGAAGCUGUGGCUCCUCUGGCUCCUCUGGUUCCCGCUCCUCAGCGCGUCCCUGGCGGCGGGAGGAGGUGACCCCUGCCAGGUGAACCUUUGCGGUAACGGCGGCACCUGCGUGGCGGGAACCGGCGCCCCGUUCAUCUGCAUCUGCCCCGACGGCUUUUCUGGAGAGACCUGCAACGAGACCGAGACAGGGCCCUGCCAUCCCAACCCCUGCAGGAACGACGGCGUGUGCCAGGUGACGACCGCCUCCCGCCGCGGCGACGUCUUCAGCGAGUACGUCUGCAGGUGUCCGGAGGGAUUCGAGGGAGUCCACUGCCAGACCAGCGUCCCGGCAGACCUGAGUUCUGACAAAGACGUCAACGACUGCGCCGGCCGGCCGUGUCAGAACGGGGGGACCUGCCGGGACCUGGACGGAGACUUCAAGUGCCACUGCCCGUCCCCGUACGUGGGGAAGCACUGCCAGCAGCGCUGCAUCUCUCUGCUGGGCCUGGAGGGCGGCGGCAUCGGCGAGUCCCAGAUCUCGGCGUCGUCGGUGCGCUACAGCCUGCUGGGUCUGCAGCGCUGGGGGCCCGAGCUGGCCCGCCUGCACCACAAGGGCCUGGUCAACGCCUGGAGCCCGGCCCCCCACGACCGGAACCCCUGGAUCCAGGUGAACCUGCGCAGGACGAUGCGAGUCACCGGGCUAGUGACGCAGGGCGCUAGCCGCCUGGGCUCGCCCGAGUUCAUCAAGGUGUUCAAGGUGGCGUCCAGUCUGGACGGGAAAACCUUCACCAUGUUCCGGACGGAGGGCCAGAGGAAGGACCAGGUGUUCACGGGGAACCUGGACAACGACGGCACCAGGACCAACCUGCUGGACCCGCCCAUCAUCGCCCAGUACCUGCGCAUCGUCCCGCUCGUCUGCCGGAAGGCCUGCACGCUGAGGAUGGAGCGUGGCUGCGAGCUGAGCGGCUGCUCGGAGCCCUUGGGCCUGAAGUCCCGGCUGGUGUCGGACCGGCAGCUCUCGGCCUCCAGCUCCUUCAGGACGUGGGGCCUGCAGGCGUUCAGCUGGCUGCCCCAGUACGCCCGUCUGGACAAGGGGGGCAAGACCAACGCCUGGGUCGCCGGGGGCAACGACCGCUCCCAGUGGCUGCAGGUGGACCUGCUGUCCCCUAAAAGGGUCACCGGCGUCAUCACUCAGGGGGCCAAGGACUUCGGCUCCGUCCAGUUCGUCUCGUCCUUCAAAGUGUCUCACAGCGACGACGGGCGGACCUGGACCACGGUGCAGGACCGGGACACGGGGGAGGACCAGGUCUUCCCCGGGAACCGGGACAACAACGUCCACCAGCAGAACGUCUUCCAGCCUCCGUUCUUCAGCCGCUACGUUCGUAUCCUGCCGUGGGAGUGGCACGGCCGCAUCACGCUGCGUCUGGAGCUGCUGGGCUGCGACCAGUAGGGCCCCCGGGGGCCCCCGGGGACCCCCCAGACCCCCCCAGACCCCCCAGACCCCCCCCCCCAGAACCCGGAGCCAGUCCUGCACCCCCCCCUCCCACCACCGGGGGGCAGCACACCAGAGGAAGCUGCUCCGUCUGUUGCCCCUGACAACCGUAACCAGGACACCGGAGAUGGUGGUUCCCAGAACCGGAUCUGAUCCAGAACCAGAUCUGAUCCAGAACCGGAUCUGGUCCAGAACCAGAUCUGGUCCAGAACCAGAUCUGGUCCAGAACCAGAUCUGAUCCAGAACCAGAUCUGAUCCAGAACCAGAUCUGAUCCAGAACCGGACCUGAUCCAGAACCAGAUCUGGUCCUGGAUCAGGUCUACGUGGAAACCUGAAACUCCCAGACCCCGACUUGUGAUGUGGAUACGUGAAACACAUCCUUCACAUGAACACACACACACACACACACACACACACACACACACACACACACACACACACACACACACACACACACACACACACACACACACACACACACACACACAAACACACACUCACAUGAACACAUGUGGUGCAAAAGUUGUUGUUUAAAAAUGAAUGUCAGGAACCUCAGUCUUUCUGAUGCUUUAAUGAAAAGAAGGAAAUGUACAUUCAUGAACGGAGCCACUCUGGUUUAUCUUAUAGUUGAGAAGCUGGAAACUAGACAAAAUAUCGCCCUGGCAACCGUGCCAGGCUCUGUGUCAAAGGAACACGACCUCGGCAUCAGAAUGUUCACCUGAAAACAGGAAACAGACAGUUGUACCAACAUUUCCCAUUACAUUCCAGCCUUUUUAGCAUUUUAUGCUAAACCACAAAAAAAUAGGGCAUUUUGCACUGACAUACCCCGUGACCUUUAUGCUCUGUCCCGCACCAGCCAAACGCUAGCACAAACGCUAGCACAAACGCUAGCACAAACGCUAGCACAAACGCUAGCACAAACGCUAGCACAAACGCACACCCUGUCUCCAACGUGGGAGUUAAAGAAACCCCGACAGAGGAUCAUGGGUCUCGGGUACAGAAGAGCCAAAACCCCUCCCUCCACUAGACAAAGGGAGGGUCAAAGACUCAAUCUGUCUAGCUCAGGGGUCGGCAACUCGCCGCUCUUUAGCGCCGCCCUAGUGGCUCCUGGAGAAUUUUUCAAAAAUGUUUGACCUUUUUUCUUCCUUUUUUUCUUCUUUUUUAAAUUUUUUUUCCCUUUCUUCUUUUUUUCUUUUUCUUUUUUUUCUCUUUUUUCUCAGUUUUUUUUUUCAUUUUUUCCUCUUUUUUUCUUCCUUCUUCCUUUCCUCUUUAAUCUCGACAUUUCGACUUUUUUCUCAAGAUUGUACUUCAACAUUAAUCUCAACAUUUAGACUUUUCUCUUGAAAUUUCGACUUUUUGCUCAACAUUUCGACUUUUUGCUCAACAUUUCGACUUUUUUCUCAACAUUUUGAUUUCGCCUUUCGCCAUUUUCCUUCAUUCUAAGGCUUAUACAUACAAGAUUUUUCAUUUUUUGCGGCUCCAGACAUAUUAGUUUUUUGUGUUUUUGGUCCAACACGGCUCCAAAACAUUUUGGGUUUCCGACCCCUGGUCUAGCUACUCUAUCAUAGAUAAGGAGGAAAAACCCCCGAAGGAGAAAAGACCCAUUAUGGAAUAUAAACUAAUCUACUUCAAACAAUAAACAAUACCAAAACAAAUCACCAAAUCACAUUCAGUCAGUCCAUGCAGGGAAAAGGAGGAGAAAAAAAAUCAAAAGAAGACCCUCUUACCCCUCCGGGUACCAACACUUCCCAUCACACACACACACACACACACACACACACACACACACACACACACACACACACACACGCGUAUACACACACACACCUGAACCUUUGAUCUUUGGUAGUUUGGAGCUGCGGGCUGGUUGUUGUUUGCAGCGGUGUGUAGUUGUGUGUAGUUGGUGUGCAGCCGUAACCAAAACUCUGAAUCUGUCGCCGUGGCAACAGCCUGUCCUCAGCGGCGUUACUAAGCCCCGCCCCCUCUCAGGUGUUUACUAGGCCCCGCCCCCUCUCCGGUGUUUACUAGGCCCCGCCCCCUCUCAGGUGUUUACUAGGCCCCGCCCCCUCUCAGGUGUUUACUAGGCCCCGCCCCCUCUCCGGUGUUUACUAGGCCCCGCCCCCUCUCCGGUGUUUACUAGGCCCCGCCCCCUCAGGUGUUUACUAAGCCCCGCCCCCUCUCAGGUGAUUAUUAGGCCCCGCCCCCUCUCAGGUGUUUAUUAGGCCCCGCCCCCUCUCAGGUGUUUACUAGGCCCCGCCCCC